AUGAGAUUAUUUCCCGCGUUCCUGGCCCUUAGCGCCGCAACAACAUCAAUCGCGUCACCACUCGCGGAGCCAAAUGCGCUGGUCGAGCGCAACCCAGAUGCCUUACACUCUUCCUCGAAUCUUGCCGUUCGUCACAGACGGACGCGCAGAGAAGACGAAUAUCUCGAACGACGGGUAGCUGAAGACACAAUCGAAGCACGGUCCGCUGAGGCAGAAGCCGACCUCCUCGAGACCAACGUGUUCGAGAAGCGGAAAGGCGGAGGCGGCGGGAAAGGAGGAGGUGGCGGUUCAGGAGGCAAAGGCGGAUCUGGUGGCAGCGGUGGGCGCUCGCCAUCCUCGUACUCCUUUUCGCCACAAUCCAACAUCGGCGGCAGAACUGUGUCUGGCUCUGGGCCACGACCGCAAUAUGCUGGUGGUCGCUAUGCAGGUGGCGCCACGGUACCCUUUUCUUCAGGUGGCCGGACGCCAUCGCGAGGCAUUGCUCCAUAUGCCUUCCCUCUGGUCGGAUUCGCUGUCUUCCCUGCUGCGUUCCUGUUCGCAUACGCAUACGCCUAUCCUUACGGUUACGGAUACAACUAUUAUCACGAUGGAAGGAACCGUACUGCCAAUGUCACCUGCCUGUGCGAGCAAUAUCAGGUCUGUGGGUGUGAUCCCGAUGGCAACCAGACGGUGUUGGCGCAGCAGAUCGCCAACGGCACUGAGGGUGGUAUUCCGGUCAACAGCUCAACCGUCAAGACAGUCGACUACGGCAACGGCACCGAAAUGUCCUACAUUAAUGGCACCUUACCCAAUGGCACCACGCGCCUGGCGGCACCGAGCCAUCUGAUGAGUCCCAGAUCAGUGCGGCUGUGCAGCAUGUCAUGA